AUGCAGCAAGGUGAUCAAACUGUUUUGAGCUUGAGACCUGGUGGUGGUCGAGGAAACAGGCUUCUUGCGCCUAGAUUUGAAUCUUCCUCUUCCAACUCAUCGGUUUCCCCGGCUUUUGGUUCCUUUCCGUCUGAUCUUCUUCGUCAACAUGGUGCCGCUCAACCUCGUUUUGCAUUCAAGAUUGGAGAUUCACAGUUUGAAGGCCGUGAGCGGGUGCGAUAUUCAAGAGAAGAGCUCCUGCAUAUUAAGGAGACUGUUGAGGAGACCCCUGAAGAUAUUUUAAAGCUCAGACAUGAAAUCGAUGCUGAACUUUUUGGUGAAGAUCAAAGUUGGGGUCGUGUUGAAAGCAAUGCUCCAACUCAAACUCAAACUCGAUAUGCUGAACCAGAUAAUCGUGACUGGCGUGGUCGAUCUGCGCAACUUCCGGCUAACGCAGAUGAGAGGUCCUGGGAUAAUAUCAAGGAGAAUAGAGAGUUUGGCACUAGUCAACCGAAUUCUCAGUACCCACGUUCUAACCAAGGGGGAGGACCUGCUCCUACUCUAGUAAAGGCUGAGGUACCAUGGUCUUUUAGAAGGGGAAGUCUCUCUGACAAGGACCGUGUCUUAAAAACAGUUAAAGGUAUACUGAACAAGUUGACUCCAGAAAAAUUUGAUCUUUUGAAGGGUCAGUUGAUCGAAUCUGGCAUUACAUCAGCUGAUAUAUUGAAGGGAGUUAUUUCACUGAUAUUUGAUAAGGCAGUGCUUGAACCAACAUUCUGCCCCAUGUAUGCACAGCUGUGUUCUGAUCUUAACGAAAAGCUGCCACCAUUCCCAUCUGAAGAACCUGAUGGUAAAGAAAUUACUUUUAAGAGAGUACUCUUGAAUAACUGCCAGGAGGCUUUUGAAGGUGCUGGUAAACUGAGGGAAGAAUUAGCGCAGAUGACUUCCCCUGAGCAGGAGUCAGAGCGACGUGACAAGGAAAGAGUUGUCAAGAUUCGUACCCUUGGAAACAUCCGUUUAAUUGGUGAGCUGCUGAAGCAAAAAAUGGUUCCUGAAAAGAUUGUCCAUCACAUUGUUCAGGAGCUUUUAGGAGCUUCCGACAGCAAAGUCUGUCCAGCUGAGGAAAAUGUUGAAGCCAUAUGUCAUUUUUUCAACACUAUUGGCAAGCAGCUUGAUGAAAGCCCAAAAUCAAGACGUAUAAAUGAUGUGUAUUUUGGCCGAUUGAAAGAAUUGAGCACCAAUCCACAACUUGUACCAAGGAUGAGAUUCAUGGUGCGCGAUGUUAUAGAUUUGCGUGCUAGUAACUGGAUCCCAAGACGUGAAGAGGCAAAGGCCAAAACCAUAUCUGAAAUUCAUUCGGAGGCCGAAAAGAAUCUUGGAUUGCGUCCAGGUGCCACUGCUAGUAUGAGAAACACCCGUGUUACUGGUAUUCAAGGAAAUACCAGCGCUGGGGGCUUUCCCAUUGCACGGCCUGGUACAGGAGGUUUAAUGCCUGGGAUGCCGGGUGUGAGGAAGAUGCCGGGGAUGCCUGGUAUUGAUAAUGAUAACUGGGAGGUGCCUAGGACUAGAUCUAUGCCAAGAGGAGACAUGUCGCAAACUGGAGGACGUGGCCAGUCUCCUUUCCUUUCCAAGCCAUCCCCUGCCCUAAACUCAAAGUUACUGCCUCAAGGUAGCAGUGGCCUUGUAAGUGGGAAAAAUAGUGCACUGGUUCAUGGAGGUCGCCCAACAAGCUUUGCUUCAGCUUUAGAGCCUGCGCCUCAAAUAUCUUCACCCGUUAAACCUGUUUCUGCUGUAUCCCCUGAGAAGCCCCAGGCCCCAGCUGCAAAAUUGAAUAUUGAUGACCUACAACGCAAAACUGUAUCUCUUCUGCAAGAGUAUUUCAAUGUCCGGCUUUUGGAUGAGGCAUUGCAGUGCGUUGAGGAAUUAAAAGCUCCGACAUAUUACCCUGAGUUUGUCAAGGAAGCCAUUUCCCUUGGAUUAGAUAAAAGCCCGCCAUGUGUUGAACCUGUUGCUAAGCUUAUUGAGUAUCUAUUUUUGAAGAAGAUUCUCUCAGCUAGAGACAUAGGAACUGGAUGUUUGUUAUUUGCUUCUCUGCUUGAUGAUAUUGGCAUAGAUUUACCUAAAGCACCGAGCAACUUUGGUGAGAUAAUAGGGAAACUAGUUUUGGCUGGUGGUUUGGACUUUAAGGUGGUUAGAGAAAUCCUUAAUAAGGUGAGUGAUGACUACUUCCAGAAAGCAAUAUUCACAGCUGCGGUCCAGGUAAUUAGCUCUUCAUCUGGGCAAGCUGUGUUGGAUGCACAAGCAUCUGAUAUUGAGGCAUGCCAAGCUCUGCUCCAGUGA